UAGUGUUACAAACUUUAAUGCUGGAGGUGCUAGCCCGGCUGAUCGCCUGGCAUGCGACUCCAGACGCUGGGUGAUAAUUAUGGCAUACGCAGUUCAUCACAUAUGCGCACAAGUAUCACACGCAGUCAAAGACAAGCUGGGUGAAAAUUACUACUCAUGCACUAUCAGGAAAGCGAGAGCUGAUCAUACUCAUAUUGUACGCCCAAACUUUGCACGAACCUACGUCUCCCAUUUUUUUUUUGAGGGUCGUUUGGCGGUGGCAACUCUUUGCCCAUGAUUUCUCUAGUCUGCCGCUGGUGGUGCAUUUGAACUUUGUCUACUAACACCUUAACUCUCUCUUGCUUGCGCAGCACAUGCUACCUUCAUAAUUUGACAUAAAUGAAUAAUAUCAUUGCGAGCAGAUGAAAAGCACCUCCAGGAAUCAACCAAUGCACUAAAAACGCUCCCCGAAAUCAUGUCCUCCAUGGCCGCGUCACCGAUAGCACCAGUAUUGUCAUAUCUGUGUGCCUUUUCAGCCUUGUAGUUUAUUUCGCGCUAUAGUCAGAAGUGAAUCUUUCUCUCUAUCUCUCUCUCAGGCACUGCUGAAGUUAUCACCGUGACAUGAGCGAGCAAGGUCGCCCUGAGCAGGAGCGUCAGCCCGGGGCUGGUCAGCCGAAUGCCUCGGAGCACUCCCCGGCGUCCGCGGACGGCACGUCCCCGGAGUAUCUCAGCCCUGCACCGACCUUAUCUACGGACUCCUUUGCUACUAACAAGCGUUCCAGAAAACGCGCGUCCUCAAAGGGUUCCUCCGGCCGAUCUCGCAAACGCACUGCACGCAGGAUUCUCGGACUUCUCUCCCAGAACGCGAAGCACCAGGACAAGUCGGCGAGGAACGAGGACAGCUCGAAAAAGGACAUCUCGUCUACGGACUCGGCAGCAAGGAACACCUCGGCCACUAGCCUCUUGGUGAAAGACCUUCCACCAACGGACCUCUCGGCAAAGAAACUCUCAGCUGCGGACAUGACGGAAAAGGACCGAUCCGCAAAUAACCUGUCGGAAAAGAACCUACCUGCACAAAGCCUUUCCGCAAAGGACCUAUCGACAAAGGCCGGCACGACAGUGGUUCAGCACCUCUUGCCAAAGAAGACCUUUUCUAAGGACGUCGCGACAAAGGACCAGUCGACAAAGGACCUCGCGGCGAAGGAGAGAACGGCGAAAAACGCUUCAGCUGAUGAUCUUUCGCCUCAGGAAAGCUCGGAAAACAGGGGCUCAAUUCAACAUGUCUUGAGAAAGCAUCUGACGACAAAAGAGCCUUUGCCAAAGGACUUGUCGAUGAAGGACCUGCCGGUGAAGGGAUGCGCGGUAGAUCGCCUUCCGGCACAGGAUAAGUUCGCAGAGGAGGCCUUGGCUAGGGACAUUACGACGGCAGCGCAACUGGCGGCAAACGAUAUGUCGGAGUGGGUCCAUGGGCAUAGCAAUAAUGAUGCACCAGGAAAUGCUGCCAGCAACGCUCCGCAAGGGCAACCCCACGUGACCCCAGAGCAGCGUCACUGCCAGGCGGCGCUGUCAUUCUCUUCCCCGAGCUCUACGUCACCGCGGGACUCGGCCUCACCGCUGAGCGCAGCGGUCGGCUCCGCUUCGAGCUCGUCGCCGGAUACCAACCCACUAGCUGACCAGUUGGCGUUGAGCGUCCUCAAGGGCCGAGGGCUUCCGCUGGACCCGAGCCAGCUGCCCCUCAGCCCCAUGCUGGAGCGAGAGCCCCCGCGCAAGAACCGACGCGUGUCCAUCGUCCUGCAACCCAUCGUCGACAUCAUCUCGCCGCGGUACCGAUCGUCGGACUCGCCGGCUGACUGGCAUCCUCCCGAGUCCGUCGGCCGUCGUGCCGCCGCCGCGGCUGGCCGGACGUCCGACGACGUCUUCGACGAGAAGCGAGUGCACGUGUACCGGCCCGCGCUCAAGGUGCGCCAGCGUGCGGUGGCCGAGCCGCAGCACCAGGAGUCUCCGCACCUGGAGUCUCCGCACCAGGAGUCUCCGCACCUGGAGUCUCCGCACCUGGAGACGGGAGAAGACUUCGACGAGUGUCCUCUUCCGGACAUUCUUCCGGUACUGUACGAGCCGACGACUCCCAGCAGGGAGCAAUCUCAAGGUGUCCUCAAUGCCGCAGGUGAGGCUUUGAGCCUGUCGUCGGAGCCACCGCAUUGGUCUUCCCUCGAUGACGUCGACGUGCGGCUCAGCCGAGGCCCGUCGCGCGGGAGGCGUGCUUCGUGCAUUCGUCAUCCGGGGCAGCCACAUCGCCGGGGAUCGCGUGUCAGCCUGACAGAUGUAAAUCGAUGA